AUGCCACACAAAGCUGCAGCGCCGCGAGCGAUGACGUGUUGGAACCUCGGCUGCUGGACGACCGCGCUGGAACAGCUCCGCAGCCCCCAGCGGAGUUGCAAGCCCACCUCGCAGCUGAUCUCCUCAGUGAUCCGGCAUCGGAUGUUGAGCAAGAGGAAGUCGGAGACCCAGGACAUUCACUCCCUACUUUUGUGUCCGGAUCCUUCCAGACGACUCGAUCGCUCCUACACCGAGCCUCAACCACUGGGACAUGGCGGAUUUGGCCAGGUCUUUCGCAUGAAGCACAGGAUGAGCGGAGAAGUGCGAGCGAUCAAGGUGAUUGCAAAGCCCUCCUGCCUAGAUGAGCUCCAAACGGUUUCAAAUGAGGUCUAUGCCCUCUUGCAACUGGAUCAUCUUAACAUCGCCAAGCUCUUCGAGUACUUCGAGGACAAAGGCUCCAUCUACGUGGUGACCGAGCUGUGCGAAGGCGGAAACAUCGGAGAGUUGGAUCCCAUGGAGGAUGAUUCGGAUGAGAUCAGGUUACUCUUCCGCGAUGUGGCACGGGCCAUCGCGUACUGCCAUUCCGAAGGAAUUGCCCACCGAGACCUGAAGUUUGACAAUUGCCUCCUGGCGCACUGCAACGACCGGCGCCUGGGGCGCAUGGCCAAGGUCAUCGACUUCGGCCUCGCAGGCUUUUUGCAAGCCGGAGUACCAGGAGAAGGGGAGCUCGAAGGUGUGGUCGGGACCUUGUACUUCCUGGCGCCCGAAGUUCUGAAGAGCACAGACCCUUUGAACAGCUACGGCUUGGAGUGUGACCUGUGGUCUUUUGGAGUCAUGCUCUUCGUCGUUCUCACCAACGAGCACCCCUUUUGCUCUACGGCCUCUGGCCCAGAAGACGCCUACCGUCGAAUCGCCAAUGGCUGCCUCCGGCUCUCCUGUUUGCGGAAUGCUGGGGCACUGGCCAUUGAGGCAGAAGACCUUCUUCGAUCGCUGCUGGUCAAGGAACCCUUGAAUCGUUGCUCUGCGGCUGAAGCCUUGGUUCACCCCUGGCUGCAGCCGGAGUUGGAGACGCCUGCGAGCCCCUCCUGCAAGCCCGAGCAGCUCCGAAGUUUGGUGGAGCGGAUCAGCUCCUUCAGUCGCUUCAGCAAGUUUGAGCAGGCGAUCCUCACCGUGGCGGCACACGAAGCGAAGCCCAAGGAUGUCGAGGAGCUUCAACAAGUCUUUUCGGCCCUCGACCUGGCGCAAGCAGGUUGGAUCUCCCGGGACGACCUGCGGCGAGCGCUGAAGAUCUGCGACGUGCGGCUGUCGAAGAUGGAGACCGACGCGGUCCUGGAUUGCUUAGAUGCAGACCAAGAUGGGAAAAUACAGCACACCGACUUCUUGGCAGCCACCCUCAAGCCAGCCCAUGUGAAGUCAGAAAAGGUUCUGGAGGAGCUCUUCAAUUUCUUCGACUUCCAGGGUACGGGGCACAUCACCCACGAGGAUUUGAAAGCAGUUUUAGGUCAGGACCUGGCUUGCCAUGUGGCGGUGCAAGCACGCGCCAAUGCACAGGGCGUCAUUUCCCAAGAGAACUUUAGAGCCUUCAUCCUGAAGGCGAUGAACAAGUUGGAGCUGCAGAUUCAGAAUGAGAAAUCUUUGGCCGCGAUGAUGGUCCUCUGA